AUGAAGAAAUCUUUCAAUACAAGAACCAAAAAUUCCAACUCUAAAAACUCAAGAAAUCUUUUACAAUCAUAUAUGUCUACAAAUGAAAUAGUAAACAGAAAAUCAAAGCUUUUCCCUUGUACUGAAGGUGAAAAGUUUUUUAAACAUCACUCAAGUCUUGUUGUGCACAUGAGAACUCACACAGGGGAGAAACCGUUCUCAUGUAGGGAAUGUGGGAAACGUUUUGGUAGUAAAUCAGAGCUUAACAAACACCAGAGAACUCACACAGGAGAGAAACCUUUCUCAUGUUCAGAAUGUGGGAAACGUUUUGGUAGUAAAUCAGAGCUUAUCAGGCAUCAGAGAACUCACACAGGAGAGAAACCUUUCUCAUGUUCUGAAUGUGGGAAAUGUUUUAGCAAUAAAUCACAUUUUGCUGAACACCAGAGAACUCACACAGGAGUGAAACCGUUCUCAUGUACGGAAUGUGGAAAAUGUUUUGUUAGUAAAUCAGCGCUUAACAAACAUCAGAGAACUCACACAGGAGAGAAGCCUUUCUCAUGUUCUGAAUGUGGGAAAUGUUUAAGCGCUAAAUCAAGUCUUGUUGAUCACCAGAAAAUUCACACAGGAGAGAAACCUUUCUCGUGUUCAGAAUGUUGGAAAUGUUUUGUUAGUAAAUCAGAUCUUAACAUACACCAGAGAACUCACACAGGAGAGAAACCGUUCUCAUGUAUGGAAUGUGGAAAAUGUUUUAUCAGUAAAUCACAACUUGUAAGUCACAACAGAACUCACAAAGGAGAGAAACCUUUCUCGUGUUCUGAAUGUGGGAAAUGUUUUGUUAGUAAAUCAGAGCUUAACAAACACCAGAUAACUCACACAGGAGAGAAACCUUUCUCAUGUUCUGAAUGUGGGAAAUGUUUAAGCAGUAAAGCAAGUCUUGUUGAACACCAGAGACGUCACACAGGAAAUAAACCUUUCUCGUGUUCAGAAUGUGGGAAAUGUUUUGUUAGUAAACCAGUGCUUAACAUACACCAGAGAACUCACACAGGAGAGAAACCUUUCUCAUGUUCUGAAUGUGGGAAAUGUUUAAGCAGUAAAUCAAGUCUUGUUGAACACCAGAGACGUCACACAGGAAAUAAACCUUUCUCGUGUUCAGAAUGUGGGAAAUGUUUUGUUAGUAAACCAGUGCUUAACAAACACCAGAAAACUCACAUAGGAGAGAAACCUUUCUCAUGUUCUGAAUGUGGGAAAUGUUUUAGCAAUAAAUCACAUUUGCUUGAACACCAGAGAACUCACACAGGAGAGAAACCGUUCUCAUGUACGGAAUGUGGAAAAUGUUUUGUUAGUAAAUCACAUCUUGUAAGUCACAACAGAACUCACACAGGAGAGAAGCCUUUCCCAUGUUCUGAAUGUGGGAAAUGUUUAAGCAGUAAAUCAAGUCUUGUUGAACACCAGAGAACUCACACAGGAGAGAAGCCUUUCCCAUGUUCUGAAUGUGGAAAAUGUUUUAGCAGUAAAUCACAUUUUGUAGACCACCAGAGAACUCACACAGGAGAGAAACCGUUCUCAUGUACGGAAUGUGGAAAAUGUUUUAGCCGUAAAUCAUAUCUUGUAAGUCACAACAGAACUCACACAGGAGAGAAGCCUUUCUCGUGUUCUGAAUGUGGGAAAUGUUCUGUUAGUAAAUUAGAAUUUAACAGGCAUCAGAGAACGCACACAGGAGAGAAACCGUUCUUGUGUUCAGAAUGUGGGAAAUGUUUUCUCUGUAAAUCACAUCUUGUUGAGCACAAGAGAACUCACACAGGAGAGAAACCGUUUUCAUGUAUGGAAUGUGGUAAAUCUUUUAGCCAUAAAUUAAUACUUGUAAGCCACAACAGAACUCACACGGGAGAGAAACCUUUCUCAUGUUCUGAAUGUGGAAAAUGUUUUGGCUUUAAAUCAAAUCUUGUUGCUCAUAAGAGAGCUCACACAGGUUUAUUGUCAUGUUAA